AUGCAUUCGACAACAACGACAGAUCUUUCGAUUCUCCUUCAGAAUUUGAGUAAAACAAAUGAUACUCAUAAAGAAAAGGUUGUCUUAAUCAAAACUGGUGCUUUGAAUCCCGUUCAUCGUGCUCAUAUUUCCAAUAUGAUCAAAGCCAAAGAACAUUUAGAACGUGUUUAUGGUUUUCAUGUUAUCGGUGGUUAUUUAUCGCCUACUCACGAUCAGUAUGUUCAAGGAAAAUUAUCACGUGAAGAUUUUCUUAGUGGAUAUCAUCGAAUUCGAAUGUGCGAAGAAGCCAUUAAAGAAGCGAAUCAACAACAUUGGCUUGGUGUUGAUAAAGCAGAAUGUACAGCUCCAAAAUUCAUUUCUUUAUCAAAAGUAACACUUAGUUUGCAAAUGUUCAUCAAUGAAGUAAUUCAGUUGGAAAAACCGAUUCGCGUGAUCUAUGUUGCUGGCCUUGAUUUAUUCAAUCGUUGUCAUGGUAUGGUCGCAAUGAGAGAAGCACCUUGGAAUGGUGUUGCUGUUGUGUAUAGAUCAGGAGAGAAGGAAAGUCUUAUCCAAUCGUCACAUUCAAUUUCAAAUGAAAGAUUAUUUUAUGUUCGAGAUGAUACUCCGGAAAAUCAGGCAGAAGCGGUUAGUCAGAUAAGUUCAACACAAAUUCGACAAAUGAUUAAAAACGGACAAUCGUGUCACAAUUUAACAUAUCAAUCAGUUCUUGAUUAUUUAAAAACAAUUCCAAGUCCGAGAUCAUAA